AGUCGUCCAAGAUGAUUAAAAAAUUCGACAAGAAGGACGAGGAGUCUGGUAGUGGCUCCAGUCCUUUCCAGCAUCUGGAGAAGAGUGCUGUCUUACAGGAGGCUCGUAUAUUCAAUGAAACUCCUAUUAAUCCAAGAAGAUGUUUGCAUAUUCUUACAAAGAUUCUUUACUUACUGAACCAGGGUGAAUACUUUGGAACUACAGAAGCUACAGAAGCCUUCUUUGCAAUGACUCGAUUGUUUCAAUCUAAUGAUGUAUGUGAAAACAAAAGAAUUAAAGUACAUGGUAUAAAGCUUCUGACAAAGGACAUGACUGGAAAGGAAGAUGUGUACCGAGGCCCGGCCAUCAGGGCUCUCUGCAGAAUAACUGAUGGAACAAUGUUUCAAGCCAUUGAAAGAUACAUGAAGCAAGCCAUUGUGGAUAAAGUCUCCAGUGUAUCCAGCUCAGCACUGGUAUCUUCCUUACACAUGAUGAAGAUAAGCUAUGAUGUGGUUAAGCGCUGGAUUAAUGAAGCCCAAGAAGCUGCAUCAAGUGAUAAUGUUAUGGUCCAGUACCAUGCAUUGGGGGUCCUGUAUCACCUUAGAAAGAAUGAUCGUCUUGCUGUUUCCAAGAUGUUGAAUAAAUUUAGUAAAUCUGGUCUCAAAUCACAGUUUGCCUACUGCAUGCUAAUCCGAAUUGCUAGUCGCUUACUAAAAGAAACUGAAGAUGGCCAUGAAAGUCCAUUCUUUGAUUUCAUUGAGAGCUGCUUGCGAAAUAAACAUGAAAUGGUUAUUUAUGAAGCUGCUUCAGCUAUUAUCCAUCUUCCUAACUGUACUGCAAGAGAGUUGGCACCUGCUAUUUCAGUUCUUCAGCUUUUUUGUAGCUCUCCUAAGCCAGCCUUGAGAUAUGCAGCUGUGAGGACCUUGAACAAGGUGGCAAUGAAGCACCCCUCUGCUGUUACUGCGUGCAAUCUGGAUUUAGAAAACUUGAUCACAGACUCAAACAGAAGCAUUGCCACCCUAGCCAUUACUACACUCCUCAAAACAGGAAGUGAGAGCAGUGUUGACAGGCUCAUGAAGCAGAUAUCUUCUUUUGUGUCUGAAAUCUCAGAUGAGUUCAAGGUGGUGGUUGUACAGGCAAUUAGUGCUCUCUGUCAGAAAUACCCUCGAAAGCAUAGCGUCAUGAUGACUUUCCUCUCUAACAUGCUGCGAGAUGAUGGAGGCUUUGAAUAUAAGCGGGCCAUUGUGGACUGCAUAAUCAGCAUUGUGGAAGAGAACCCUGAGAGUAAAGAAGCAGGUCUAGCCCACCUUUGUGAAUUCAUUGAGGACUGUGAACACACUGUUCUGGCUACUAAGAUUCUACACUUGUUGGGCAAAGAGGGCCCCAGAACACCUGUCCCCUCCAAGUAUAUCCGCUUUAUUUUUAAUAGGGUCGUCCUGGAGAAUGAGGCUAUCAGAGCGGCUGCUGUGAGUGCUUUGGCUAAAUUUGGGGCUCAGAAUGAGAGUCUUCUCCCAAGCAUCCUUGUACUUUUACAAAGGUGUAUGAUGGAUACUGAUGAUGAGGUACGGGACAGAGCUACGUUCUAUCUGAAUGUGCUGAAGCAGAGGCAGAUGGCACUGAAUGCUACGUAUAUCUCCAAUGGUCUGAUGGUCUCUGUACCAGGGAUGGAAAAAGCCUUAUACCAGUACACACUGGAGCCUUCAGAAAAACCCUUUGACAUGAAAUCGAUUCCUCUUGCAAUGGCUCCUGUCUUUGAACAGAAAGCAGAGAUUACCUUUGUGGCUACUAAGCCAGAGAAGUUGGCUCCUUCCAGGCAAGACAUUUUCCAAGAACAAUUGGCUGCCAUUCCUGAGUUUAUGACUCUAGGACCCUUGUUCAAGUCUUCUGAGCCUGUUCAACUUACAGAAGCAGAGACAGAAUAUUUUGUUUGCUGUAUCAAGCACAUGUUUACCAAUCACAUUGUGUUCCAGUUUGACUGUACCAAUACUCUCAAUGACCAGCUACUGGAGAAAGUCACAGUGCAGAUGGAGCCAUCAGAUUCCUUUGAAGUGCUGCGUUGUAUCCCAGCCCCCAGCCUUCCUUAUAAUCAACCAGGAAUAUGUUACACUCUUGUUCGUUUGCCUGAUGAUGGCCCUACAGCAGUUGCAGGCACUUUCAGCUGCACCAUGAAGUUUACAGUCCGGGACUGUGACCCUAACACUGGAGUUCCAGAUGAGGAUGGGUAUGAUGAUGAGUAUGUGCUGGAAGAUCUCGAAGUGACUGUGUCUGACCACAUUCAGAAGGUACUGAAGCCUAACUUUGCUGCUGCCUGGGAAGAGGUGGGAGAUACAUUUGAGAAAGAGGAGACCUUUGCCCUCAGUUCUACCAAAACCCUUGAAGAAGCUGUCAACAACAUCAUCACAUAUCUGGGCAUGCAGCCAUGUGAAAGGUCCGAUAAAGUACCCGAGAACAAGAAUUCCCAUUCACUCUAUCUAGCAGGUAUAUACCGAGGUGGCUAUGAUUUAUUGGUGAGGUCCAGGCUGGCCUUAGCAGAUGGAGUGACCAUGCAGGUGACCGUCAGAAGCAAAGAAAGAACACCUGUAGAUGUUAUCUUGGCUUCUGUUGGAUAAGCUCUUACUGGGCAAGAUGAAGUUGAUGUAUACUUCACUGUCAGUGGACUUUUAGGUUAGUGGCAUGAACACUUUGACUUUGAAAAAGCAUGUUAAACAUUUGGCCCUGAGCCAGCAGAUCAAGCAAA